AUGUCUUGCUACGACCUGUGCUCCACUGCUGUUGGUGGCAUCAACCGCCCCCAGCCCCUCGCUGACAGCUGCAACGAGCCGUGCGUCCGUCAGUGCCCUGACUCCACGACUGUGAUCCAGCCACCUCCCGUCGUCGUCACCUUCCCCGGCCCCAUCCUCAGCUCCUUCCCCCAGGAUUCAGUUGUGGGAUCCUCUGGAGCACCCGUCCUUGGGGGCUAUGGGGGCUAUGGCUCCCCUGGCUAUGGGGGUCUGUAUGGCUCUGGGGGGUACGGCUCCCUGGGUUAUGGAGGUCUGUACGGCUAUGGGGGGUACGGCUCCCUGGGCUAUGGGGGUCAGGGGGUCUCUCUGGGUUACAGGGGUCUGUAUGGCUAUGGUAGACCCUACGGUGCUGGCUAUUGCAACCCUUACUCCUGGUACGGCAGGUACAGCCGCGGCAGCUGCGGGCCCUGCUAA